AUGCAAUGUCUACUGCGAGAACAGCCUCGAUCGCUGGCACUCGCAAAUAGAGACUAUGCUCUGGUCUUUCAUUCUGUCCCUCAAAACAAGAAUUCGUUGUCCGUUUGUAUAGCAGAGUUUGUAUCUCUCAGCGAAAAAAGGCUAGAUGGUUUCCAAAGAAUUUCUACUCGCCCUAUCUACGGGACACUUGGUCUCAUUGAACUUGAGAACUCUAACUUUUUAUGCGUUAUUACAGGAGCUAGCGAGGUCGCUCGUAUUCGAGAAGGAGAACGCAUUUUUCGUAUUACAGAGGUUUGCUUUUACAGUGUGAAUCGUUCCACUUGGGAUCACAUUCGUCAAGAAGGUAAUUCUUUAGACACGGGAGAAGGGUACGAUUCAGAAAUUCCAGGGUAUGAUGCAUCCAAGUAUGCUUCAGAGCCUUUUGGAAGCCUACGAAAACUUUUAACGAAUGGAACUUUUUAUUUUUCCCUAGAUUUCGAUAUUACUUCUCGUUUACAGUUGCGCACUUCACAUGCUUAUACAGAUAUUCAGUCAGACACUAUGCAUGACCAGUUUAUGUGGAAUGAAUUUAUGCUCCGUCAGUUGUUUAAGUUUCGUUCCCAUUUGAAUUCUGACGAAAAAGAGGUGAUGGAUUCAUGCUGCUUCUAUACUUGUGUAAUUCGUGGCUUUUCCGGUACGGAACCUUUCAAGCUGGGGAUGCAAAAUGUACGGCUUUCGCUCAUAUCAAGGUUAUCGUCUUACCGUGCAGGUACAAGAUUCCUUGCUCGUGGUGUUGAUGACGAUGGCAAUGUUGCCAACUAUGUUGAAACAGAAACCAUUCUUGAUACUCCGAAUUAUUCAGUCAGCUUUGUUCAAGUGCGAGGAAGUAUUCCUAUUUUUUGGGAACAAGAAGGCGUGCAGAUGUUUGGGCAGAAAAUUGACAUCACCCGUUCUUUUGAAGCAACUCGAGCCGCUUUUGAGAAGCAUUUCAGUGAUAUAAUUAAAGAGUAUGGUCCUGUUCACAUUGUCAACUUGCUCGGCACUGGUUCUGGAGAACGAUCUCUUUCUGACAGACUGCGACAGCAUAUCCAGUUCUCCCCCGAAAAAGAAUUAAUUCACCUCACCGAAUUUGACUACCACUUCUUAAUUCGUUCGUUUGAGGAUGCAAAUAAAAUUCGUCCUAUGCUUUACAGCGAUGUUGAAUCUUUCAGCUUUUAUUCAGAAAAGCGGAAUGGAGAGGCAAUUCUAACACAGGAUGGCACUUUUCGAACAAACUGCCUCGAUUGCCUCGACAGAACCAACGUUAUUCAAAAUCUAAUUUCUAGGAUGAUUUUAGAAAAUGUAAUGAUACACACUCGACAAAAUGCGGGUUAUGAUUUCUGGCAGAUACACUCUACACUGUGGGCAAACAACGGUGAUGCAUUGUCUCAUAUUUACACAGGUACCGGCGCUUUAAAGUCUAGUUUCACUAGAAAAGGAAAAUUGAGUUUAACAGGUGCCUUAAACGAUUUGUCUAAAAGCGUGGGACGCAUGUAUAUUAAUAAUUUUCAGGAUAAAGGAAGACAAGAAACCAUUGAUUUAUUACUUGGCCGUUUAAUUGAUCAACAUCCUGUGAUCUUAUAUGAUCCUAUUCAUGAAUAUGUUAAUCAUGAGCUAAAGAAGCGAGAAGAUGAGUUCUCGGAACAAAAGAAUAUAUCAAUAUUUGUUGCAAGCUAUAACCUAAAUGGAUGCUAUCCUACUUCUGAUCUGGAAAGGUGGCUUUUCCCUGAUGAUAAUCCCAUGGCUGAUAUUUAUGUCGUUGGUUUUCAGGAAAUCGUCCAACUAACUCCCCAGCAGGUAAUAAACGCUGAUCCUGCAAAAAGGCGUGAAUGGGAAACGUGUGUAAAACAUAUAUUAAAUAACAGAGCCAAGGAUGACACAAAGUAUGUCCAGUUGCGGUCAGGUCAGUUAGUUGGUACAGCCAUGAUAGUCUUUGUGAAAGAGUCUUGCCUACCAAGCAUAAAAAAUGUAGAAGGAACAAGUAAGAAAACGGGAUUAGGAGGCGUUUCCGGCAACAAGGGAGCCGUUGCUAUUCGAUUUGAUUUUGAAGAUACCGGCAUUUGUUUUAUUACUUCUCAUCUUGCAGCGGGUCAUACAAAUUACGAUGAAAGAAAUCAUGAUUACCAGACCAUUGCGAAUGGCUUGAGAUUUAAGCGAGGCCGCUCAACAUUCAAUCAUGACUAUGUUGUAUGGUUCGGAGAUUUCAAUUAUCGUAUUUCGUUAACGUAUGAAGACACUAUUUACUGCAUUGAACAAGGAAAGCUGCAUAGUUUAUUUGAAAAAGAUCAACUAAAUAAUCAAAUGCUAAUGGGCGAAGUAUUUCCUUUCUUUUCUGAGCUACCUAUUACAUUUCUUCCUACUUAUAAAUUUGAUAUAGGCACUGAUAUAUAUGAUACCUCAGAUAAACAUCGCGUCCCAGCUUGGACCGACCGGAUACUGUUUCGAGGAGAGUUAAAACCAAUUGUCUAUAAUUCCGCUCCUUUAUAUUUUUCUGACCACCGUCCUGUUUAUGCGUCUUACGAUGCAAGCAUUGUCAAAAUUGACAAAGCAAAAAAGAAACGACUUUUUGAAGAAAUUUACAUGCAAAGGAAGGUUGAGGUACGGGAUGCUAAUAGCACUUCGUAUACCUUAAUUGACAUUGCUGGUUCUGUUGCUGGAAAACCCAAUUUAAUUCCUUAUGUGCCAGCUAACGGCAUGGAUAAGCUCAAGAAGCCGAGUGAUGACAACAGAAAAUGGUGGUUUGAAGACGGUUUACCUGCUCGUUCCAUUGCAGCACGACCCGGAAAUGACUAUCAACUAAAUCCAGACCGCCCCUGUAAUCCUUUUACUCCAAGCAAAAAACCUGACUGGGUUAAAACUGAAAAAGCUUUGACUUUAGAGAAAAGACAAGAGCAGCAUCCAGCGGUGAACUCUCAAUCCGUGAAUCCUUUACAUUCUUUGAAUACAAGUCAUCCCGCUUUAAUUCCUCAGCAGUCGUUAUCCAAACCGACGAAACCCUCAAAGCCUGAGUCUUUAGCAGCUCCACGAACGAAGCCAGCGCUACCUCCCAGGUCGAAUCCUUCUUCUUCAAACUCUACGUCUCUACGUUCUUCACCUAGUAAUAUUCCGCCCACUCCUCCUCCUAGGAAGUCGACGAAUACCCCUCAGCCAGACCUGCUAGGGUCUUCGCCUGAGGAUAGCAAACUGACCUGGAAACCGCUUGUGUAA